AUGGACCCCAGUGCCCACGAGACAGUAGAUGACAGAGGGGAAGCCAUUCAUGCAUCGGCAUCAACACCACCACAACCUCAAACAACGCCUGCAGGGACGCAUGACGGUGUACCGCAACCUUCUCAGCAGCAGUCGGAUACGCAUGCAGCACAUCGAACAACCCAGACUGCGCCCCAGUCAGUUGAGCCUACCUUCUUCGGACAAAUCGCAGGGACAGAUGGCCCCUAUCAGUAUGAGUCGUUGCGUUUACGCGUAACCAGGGCAUACCAGACUCAUACGUACCAGUAUUGGUUUGUGGCCAUGCUGUCGAAUUCACUGCUCUUUCUCCAGAUCGUCAUUGCGGCCAGUCUUACUGUGUUGGGUGCAUUCAACGAUCGCAGAGCUCGGACUGCCACAAUCUUCCUUGGUGCUUCCAACACAGUAAUCGCAGGUCUCUUGACCUACUUCAAGAGCCGUAAUCAACCCAACCGGGCCAGACAAUUCCGCAAUGAUCUCGCCGCAGUUGUCGACCAGCUCGACGAUACCGAGGCGAAUUUCAGGAACCCUACCUGGCAGGGUGAUGAGUCUGCAGAGUUGCAGAAGAUCAGAGACGCCUAUAAGCAGGCCCGACUCGACGCUCAAGCGAACUACCCCGACCUCUGGGUGAAGGGGACAAGUCCGUAUAAUCCUAAUUAUACGCCGCCAAUCGAGACGGAUCCAAUAAGAGGUGUCUCGGGACUCCCAUCGCAACUGCAUCGUCAUCGUGUGCAGAACUGGUCACCACCCGGGCCCUCAGUUCCACACCGGUCGAGAACAGGAUGA